UGGACGAGGCGGACGCACCGGUACGCACCAGACCAACUAGUGAACAUAGAAGGGAUAUACGGACUGAUCAUUCACACCGCCGUGCUAAAUGGAUACCGGCUGUUUCACCGCGGCACAGCGCAUUUCGUGCCACACCAUGAAUGCGGAUUUAUUUAAGCCUGCUCCGGAGCGUGGACCCCAGCAGUCCUCUGCCCCGGCGAAAGCCAGCAGGAAUAAACCCGAACAGACCAAACCGGAGCUGGCCCAGGUGGUGACGGACUCGAAGACUGGAAGAUCCUACAGUAAAGGAAAGCUUUUGGGAAAGGGUGGCUUUGCUCGAUGCUACGAGAUGACAGACCUCUCCAACAACAAAAUGUAUGCCGUGAAGGUGAUUCCACAGAGCAGGGUGUCCAAACCACACCAGAGGGACAAGAUAACUAAUGAGAUCGAGCUCCACAAAACCCUGUCGCACAAGCAUGUGGUGAAAUUCUCUCAUCACUUCGAGGACCAGGAAAACAUCUACAUAUUCCUCGAGCUCUGCAGUCGAAAGUCCCUCGCACACAUCUGGAAGGCGAGACACACGCUCACAGAGCCAGAAGUGCGAUAUUACCUCAAACAGAUCAUAUCCGGCCUCAAGUACCUCCACAGCAGAGGGAUCCUGCACAGAGACCUCAAACUAGGCAACUUCUUUGUCAACGAGAACAUGGAGCUGCGGCUGGGAGACUUCGGCCUCGCUGCCAAGCUGGAGACAGUGGAGCAGAGAAAAAAAACAAUCUGUGGCACUCCCAACUACUUGGCCCCCGAGGUGCUCAACAGACAGGGCCACGGCACAGAGUCAGACGUCUGGUCCCUCGGCUGUGUCAUGUACACGCUGAUGUGCGGCAACCCUCCCUUCGAGACUCUUGACCUGAAGGAGACCUACAAGUGUAUAAAGGAGGUUCGGUACCACUUGCCAUCCACGCUUUCCCCCCCUGCACAGAAACUCAUCUCAGGCAUCCUGCAGAAAAACCCCAGCGACAGGCUCUCACUGGAUCAAAUCCUCAACCACGAAUUCUUCACCAAAGGUUUCACCCCUGAUAAGCUUCCCCCCAGCAGCUGCAUGAUGGUGCCAGAGCUCCACCCCCCCAGCCCCGCCAAGAAGUUCUUCACUAAAAUGGCCAAGAGCCUCUUUGGCAAAAAGAAACCAAAAGUGGAGAAGAUUCCGUGCGAGGAGAAAGACGACAAAGACAUUUCCAAGCUGGUGUCGGGCAUCGUGAAAUGUUCCAUCAACCGGCAAAUCAGCUACAAGACAGUGGGACCCAAUGAGGUUCCCUCUCCCACCGGUCAGCUGGUCAACUCCGUGCCUCUGGAGCAGACUCCUGCUGAGGAGGAAUCCAGGAAGUCAAUCUCCCGCUCCUUCAAGGGCACCAUGGCCAGCAGCACUGAACCAUGCGAGGACGUCCUGACCCCUGCAGCUGUUGCUGAAUCGGCCAUGAAAGUGCUCAACGGCUGCCUGGCAACCAUGCCUGCAGCCACUAGAAACCCGCCCUGUUUGUCCAGGCCACAGUCCUUCCUGUGGGUGACUAAAUGGGUUGACUACUCAAACAAAUACGGCUUUGGCUACCAGCUCUCGAACCAAAGCAUCGGCGUGCUCUUCAACGAGGGAACACACCUCAGCCUUUGCAACCAACGCACGACAGUCCACUACUGCUUGACCAACAACAAACACUUCACUUUCCCUGCCAGCUCUCUGCCUGAGCAGCUUCACAGCCAGAAACAAAUUGUCGAGCUCAUGGCCAACUACAUGGAGCAGAACCUCAUGGAGGGUGGAGACCUUCAUUGUGAGGAGCAGGUCUCAGGUCCUCCUCCCCUGCUGCUCCAGUGGGUGAAGACGGAUCAUGCUCUUGUCAUGCUCUUCAACAAUGGCACUCUGCAGGUUAACUUCUACACAGACCACACCAAGAUCAUCCUGUGCAAGUCAUCCGACGACUCCUACCUGCUCACCUACAUCAGCCGGGAACGGGUCUCAUACACUUACCUCCUCAGCAUGCUGGUCGAGAUGGGCUGCACCUCCGAGCUCAGACACCGACUGCGAUAUGUGGUCCAGCUGCUCCAACACCACGCUGAUGCCUGAGAGCACGGCUCAGUGCCUCCCAGGCCGCCUGAUUGGCAGAUGCCUUAGAGGCAACCUGACUGGUUAACACCUCUUUUUAGGCAGCCUGACUGGUUGAUCUAAUUUCUCAAGACAGUGCCGGGAGGAGCUGACGCCUGUUCAGUUGCCAGAUAGAAGGCUGCUCAGAGGAGUUGAGCAAACAUUCUUGUCUGGACUGGUGCUUAGGCAGAUGAUUAUCAAAUUGAUUGACCUUGAUAAACGUCAAGCAGUCAGGAAGCUGCCCAAUGCAGCAUCUGCCUGAGGGUUUGUGCCUGUCCAGCUUAUGCCUCAAAGGUAUCCACCUGGAAGGCAUUGAUGCCUAAAAUAAGAGACUCCUACCUGGCCUGAAACGAUGGAUCCCUCACGGGCAGAUGCCGAAAAGAACACCCAAACUCCCAAUUACCUUCCCUCACUCACUCAAAAUCACUGCUUCUUGGCUGGAUCUUUAAAAGCCACCAACCAACCCUGCAGCUUUCAGCUUCCCCUGAUAGCCAAUAACCCAGGCAUGGUUUCUUACAGGUAUCUAAACACUAAAAUUGUCCUAUUUGCUUGCAAUGGAACAAGGAUGAUCUUACAGCUGGAGCGCUUUCAGGCUCAGUUUUCCAAAAGUGUUUCAGCAGCAAGGUCAUUUUUGGCGUUGACUUGCACUGGAACCAUGAUCUGACAGCAGAGAUGCUUUGGGAAUAACUAUGGUUUGAUUAGAGGGAGAGAGAGAGAGAGACCCUCCUACCCUCAGUUGGUUUCUGGCCUUUUUUGGACUAUGGUGCACACAUUUUUUUUUUCUCCUUUUUAAAAAAAAAAAUGAGCCAGCUAUAGGAUCACACUACGAUCUUGACCUCACAUGCACAGAUAACAUUCCUGGCCUUAUUUGAUGAUGGUGAUGCUUAGGUUUGGAGAAAGUCAUUGCUGCUUCUGCUCCAACAUCACUUUUGUCUUUUUUUGUUAAUAGAAACUAAUUUCACUGACGUGGUACAGGGCAUACUAAAGGGGCUAUGGGAGCAACACAAUUUUGCACUUGUUUUGUUUUUUCUUUUGUAAAUUUAUCUGGCAAGCGAAACCUUUUUACUACCACUUGUUAUAUUUUAUUUGUUUUUAACUAGAUACCAAAAGGCAUUUUCUGUGUUGGUUUUUAAAAUAAUUUUAGUUUUAAAUUCACAGUCAGUAGGUGAGUGUGUGUUUGUGUGCCACACAUGUGCUGGUAAACAAAGCUGUUGGUUGGAAAAUGAGGGUGGGGAGGGGGGAUAAAAGUGCCUUUCUGAGGGAUGUCUGUAUAGUGCAAUAACAACCCUUUGUGAAUGUCAAGCUGGAUACAAACAAGAUUCGAGAUGGGUUUUACAGGUGGGAUUUACUUUUGUACUUUGAGCCAAGUUUAAAAGUAAGUCCAAUAGCACUACACUCUCACUACCUGGUAUAAGCUUUUAGAACAACUGGUAUCAUAAGUAUAUAUCCCAGUAAUAUCUACUAUGGAAAAAAGUAAAAGUUGUACUCUGUUGUACUGUACUGUAAUCCUUAUCGGUUUACAUUGCUUUCUCGAACCAGAGUUGUAUCCUAAAAACUGUGACCUGCAAGUAUUACACACACACACGUGUUUCCAGAAAAACCCAACAUUGUGAACGCCAUCUGCCAAUUCAGAAGAGUCUUUAUUUUUUGGCACAUAAUGUCAUGUUUAUUUAUUUUUUAUUUAUACAUAUUUUUUAUUUAUUGUUGUUUAAAUGUUGCGGUCUCGACACAAGGAAAUGUUCAAUUCUGAUCACCUUUUGUAUGUAACAUAUUUGGGGGAAAAUGGGACAAAAAUAAAGUUUAUUGAAAAUGAA